ACGCAGGUGUUUACGUGUUGACGUCCUCCCACUUCCUUAGCUCCCUGAAAGAGGGGCAGUCGUCUCUAAUUUGACCACAAAUCCCAAGUUUCUUUGAACCUUCCGCAUUUUUAUCUCGAUAUUUAGGUUAAAUGUUAACAAAUGUUGACAGAAAUGAUCGGAUGGAUUUUGAAACCCGCACAAAUUGUGCUGUAAUUGCGUGUUUAGCCUCAUUCAUCGCAGGCAAAGCUAAAGGUAGCAGCGCGUCAGUGGAGAUAAUUUCCUCCUAAAUCAGCUGCUGAUCCGCAGUCAUUUGGUCCUCUGUUAACUCAGAGCUCAGUAAAACUAACAAUGGCCACUCGGCGUCUGACCGAUGCCUUCUUGUUAAUGCGGAACAAUGCCAUCCAAAACCGGCAGAUUUUGGCUGAGCAAGUGAGUACAAACGACCCCCGUCUGAGUACACGUAGCAAUGCUGCGGAGCUUGAUGAGUUGGCCGACGACCGAAUGGCUCUGGUCUCGGGUAUCAGUCUGGAUCCAGAAGCUGCUAUCGGCGUCACAAAGAAGCUGCCUCCCAAAUGGAUAGAAGGAGUUGAUGAGAUCCAGUAUGAAAUCACAAGGAUUCGGCAGAAGAUGAAGGACCUGGCGUUACUUCACGACAAGCACAUGAACCGUCCCACCCUGGACGACAGCACAGAGGAGGAACACGCCAUCGAGAUCACGACUCAGGAGAUCACACAGAUGUUCCACCGAUGCCAGCGCGCCGUGACGGGCCUUCAGUCUCGCCGGGGCCACUGCACCGAACAGGAGGAGAGGCUGUUGGUGAACGUGGUGUCGUCUCUAGCGCAGAGCCUGCAGGACCUGUCCACCAACUUCAGACACACGCAGUCCAGCUAUUUAAAACGUAUGAAGAAUCGGGAGGAGCGAUCGAAGCACUUUUUUGACUCUGGGCCUUUAAUGGAAGAGGAUGAAGAAUUAGCUCUGUACGACAAGGGUUUCACAGACGACCAGUUGAUGCUGGUGGAGCAGAACACUGUUUUAGUGGAGGAACGGGAACGGGAGAUCCGGCAAAUAGUGCAGUCCAUCUCGGAUCUGAAUGAGGUUUUCCGAGACCUGGCAGGAAUGGUGGUGGAGCAGGGAACGGUUCUAGACAGAAUCGACUUCAAUGUGGAGCAGGCCUGCGUGAAAACAGAUGAUGGACUCAAACAGUUACAAAAGGCGGAGCAGUACCAGAAGAAAAACCGGAAGAUGCUGGUCAUUUUGAUCCUCUUUGUCAUAGUCCUUGUUCUAAUCAUUAUCCUUUUCGGAACAAAGUUCAAGUGAAUCAUUCCUCCGUGUUUGUGUCCGUCUGUUUGGGUGUUUGUCGUGUUGUUUGUGGCUUUCGGGCUCUUCUCGAUUCGGCCUGAAACCGUCAAGAAGAAUUCAUCAUCCCUCCAAGUGCUUUUUGAGCGGAGUGAAGGUGUUUCCCUGCUGCUAGCUGUUGAGCGAAAGAAGCAAUCUUCAGGCUGAAGCAGGAAUCCCCGCCCAUGCUGACAUAUCUCUGCGUUAAUGAAAGGAAAACAUGUUUGUGGUUGGAUUACCCAUGUUAAACAAGCGUUUAACGGUCAGAUCAGCGUUAAGCCUAAACUCAGUAUUUGACCCUCUUAAAAAAAUGCAAUGAGAACAUUUUUAGGUUUGAUCAGAGAAGAUAUGCAGAACCAAAAAUAUCCUGUUUAAUUUCAGUGGCUCAACUCAAACAUGGCUGUCCUCAUUCACCUUCACCAAGUUUGAAUCAUCUCUCACCCUCGCUACACUUUGAAAAGCUCAUUGUAAAAACACUUGUUUUUAUAUUCCAUGUUCCAAGCAUAAAGUGCUACCUUUUUAAAACUCUUGCAGUUUGCACAUACUGAGGGCCUGAGAGGAGGAAACGUCGUCAUGGAUGUUCUACUACUGUCGCUUGUAUGAUAUAAAGAAUUAUUUAUUUUUCUGAUACCUUCAAAUAAUCCUGAUGUGUUUUUCUGUAGAUUUGCUGUUCGAGUAUGAAUAAAAUGAACCCACUCCACUGAGCUGAACACUGUGAUGUCCAAACGCAGGCAGUCGUUCAGAGAUAGCCUUAUUACCUUUUAUUCUUAUUGUUUGGACACGUUUCACUCAAUGUGUUGCAAAUUCUCUUCAACUUUCCUCCUUUAAAGACUGAGAAGCUUCAAAGAUAAAGAGCUUUACUGUCUGUAUUUUACUCUUCAUACAGCUGUCUAAUCGUUUUCCUUGUUGAUGUGGAGUUUUGUGUAACAGAUAAGAUUAUCUGUGAGGUACUACAUGUAUGUUUUUGUUUUUAAAGUGAAUUAACUGAGACGGCUGCU